AUGCCUGCACCUGACGCCCUCAAGAGGGUCCUGCAAUACACAACGAGCGCAGCCGAGACGCUUCGUGCAACCUCCAAUGGCGUAGGCGGCGGUCUUCCGUUCGUUGGGAGUGUGUGCAGCAUUGUGCUGGCGCUCGUCCCGGUCAUUCAGAAUGUGAAGGCCCAGCGUCAACGCUCGUUGCAAAUCACGGAGCGCAUCCACCAGCUCCUCUGUGUGCUCUUGGCCGCAUCGACAGCUCCGUCGCUUCGGCUGGGAUCUAUGAAGACGUUAGUGAAUAUGGGGCGGUGUACCCGGGUCUUACAGCAAUUUCAUGCAUGUCUCCAGGCACAACAGGCCCGCGGAAGAAUCCAGCGCUUGCUGAGGAACACUGAGAUCGUCAGACAGCUUGACUCAUGCGAGCGAGAGCUCAAUGCAGUCAUUGAGGCCCUCAAGCUCGAAAUGAGUGGAGCCCUCGCAGACGAAGUCGGGAUUCUUUUGGAUGAUGUAGAGCUGCGACAGCACGAACUACUGGAACUAUUGGCGUCACGGAGCGAGAGUGCGGCGUUGGAAUCUGGGACUUUCCUGGAUAGCGCACUGUCGCUUUCCCUUCUCCCCGCCUCGCCUCAAAUAUUUCACGGCCGCGACACGGAGCUGGCCUCCCUCGUCUCUCUUCUUCAGCCCCUUUCCGACGCCCCCGCACCGCGUAUCGCGAUCCUGGGUCCGGGUGGAAUGGGCAAGACCGCGUUGGCUCUGACGCUUCUCCACCACCCCGCAAUCGCCUCUGAAUAUUCAAACCCCAAUCAGCGCCACUUUGUUUCAUGCGAAGCGCUCUCGACCGCGCAAGACCUGGUCCGUGCAGUCGCGCAGCAUGUCGGCGUGGAGGCUCCCGCGGCGCAGAACUCAGUGAAGGUCCUCAUGGCAAAGCUGAAGGAAGGCGAGCGAUGCAUCAUCGUGCUCGAUAAUCUGGAAACAGUCUGGGAUUCUGACAGCGCUGGUGAGACGGACAAUGUGGAAGACUUUCUGGCGCAAUUAGCAGAGGUGGAGCAUGUUGGGCUAGUGGUCACCAUGCGAGGGGCGGAAAGACCCGGGAAGAUCAAAUGGACAAGACCGUUCCUGCCCGUCCUGGAACCUUUGACAGCAGAAGCAACUCGGGAGCUCUUUAUGGACAUCGCCGAGGCACCUGACCUUGAAGUAGACAACACAGCUCUUGACGAGCUUCUACUUCUGUCGGACAAUCUCCCGCUUGCCGCGAGUCUUUUAGCCUCAGCCGCGUCUAUUGAAGGAUAUGCAGCGACUCUGACUCGCUGGCGCCGGCGUGGCAACAACUCGAACACUGUUUUCAGUGAAGCUGAAGACCACAGACAUAAAAACGCCAGCCUUGACAUUUCAAUUCACCUCUCGCUGUCCAGCCCACGCAUGCGGUCUGCCCCCUAUGCAUGCGAUCUCCUCUCGACACUCUCCCUCCUCCCGGAUGGCAUAUCAGCAGAGGAGCUAUAUGCCACCGGUAUCCACAUUGUCGACUUGGGCCACCAUGUCACGACCCUUCUGCGUUUAUCCCUCAUCUAUAUAGAGACUGUCCCGUCAGCGGGCGGAAAUUAUUCCAGCCAGCGAAUCAAAACUCUGGCACCGAUUCGCGAGUAUAUCCGGCGCACCCACCCGCCGCCACGGCUCCUCACCGAUCCCCUGCUAGGCUACUUCCAGAACCUCCUUGCAAUAUCGAAUUUCUACUCAGACCUUGCCGACGGCGGGCUAAUCCCGCGUAUUGCGUCGCACUUCGCCAACAUACGAGAGCUGAUGCUGUACGGUCUAAGCGUAGCCCGGCCAGAACAACUGUCGGCCAUCGGGAAUGCGAUCUUGGACUUGAAUUACAUGUCAUUUGUGAUGCUGAAGGGCCCAACGCCGUUGCUGGAACGACUGCCGGGUAUUGUAGAGGACACUAAUGAUCUGCGUAUCCGUUUACGGCACAGCUGUCAAUAUAUCGUCGCUCGUGCAGGGGCCGUCGACAAUGUCAAGGCAAAAACUUUGAUUGGGGAGAGUCUCGGGUAUAUCAAGACGGUACACUUUCCUGUGGAUCAGAUUUUGAUGUUGUACAACGCAAUCACUGCCUACUACAUGCCGCGGGACCUACCACAGUCCAUCAGAUACAACGCACUUGCGUCGGAACUCGUCGAGCGGACGCUGGACAGCAAGCAGAAUAUUCUGGUGCUUGACAGCAAGUACCAUCUGCUCAUACACGACCACGACGGGCAAGGCAUCCUUGAGCUCGUGGAGCGGGAGCGGGCGUUCGGACGGACAGACGUCGUGUGCACACUGAAGGCGAUCAACGGCCACCGCAUGCUCGGCCAUCUCGGGCGGGUCAUCGAGUUGUGUGCGCAGGCACGUGAAGAAAUUGCGCGCAGCGGGCUGGACAAGUCUGACCGAGCGCUCGCGAUCCUGGACUUCAAUGGCGACGCGCAUCUUGGCCGGACCGAGUUCGCCGAGGCAGAGGUGUAUUACACCGAGUUGCUCCGGCGGACGGAUUUGUUGACGAGCGCCGGUUGGCAUGUUCAUGCACAAUGCAUGUUGGCGCUGAUUGGCAUCCGAACGGGUAAGGAAGAGGUCGACAUUGCCCGUUAUCUCGACCAGGCGGAGAAAGUAUACCGGACCCGCGGUAGCUCGCGGGUGGUACAGGCCCUUUGGCUCAGAGCCGAGCUUGACCUUCACAUCCGCCACGACCUAUCGGCCGCACGAGCGGGUCUCCUGGCAACUGCCAGAAAAAGUCUUGGGAUGUACACUGAUAUCCUGCUGCCAUGUCUUGCCGCGCUUGGGGACGUGCGCCUAGGCCUAUUCAAUGACGAGACUGAAGCCUUCCGAUGGGCGCUGGUGUAUUUGGUUACAGCGAGGAAGACACGCGACCAGGUUGCGCUGCUAUAUGGCUUGCGGUGUCUAGCCGAUGUUUUGCCGAGCUCAGCUCAGGAGACCUCGCAAACUUUGUUGCGCACUGCGAUGGAUGGCGCUAAAGGGAUUGGAAUUCGUCGGCUCGAGACAGACUGUGUUAAGAGAUUGACAGUAGAUGAGUGA